CGCUAGACAGCCGGAAGCAGCUCUUCGAGGAGCUUCUGUGGGAGCACCAGUUCCUUUUCGAGGCCCACAGCAAGUGCCAAGCUGCCCUUCUGGUAGCCUCCUCUGAGGACUUCUCCGCCCAGCUCUCCACGCUUAAAGCUGAAAAGGAGCAGCUCGCCCUCGAGCACCGCAAGGCCCUGGACGCUCAGGAGAAAAUCUCUUCUGAGCUGAAAGAUAAGCUUGUGCAAGCUGAACUCUGGCACGCGCGGGAGCUCAAGGAGGCCCAGGCUGCUGCUGAAACCAAGCUGGACGGAUCGCUGAAGGAUUUCACUGAUGCGAGCGCGCAGCUGCGGAAGGAGAUGGAGGAGGAGACCCGGCUGCGGAAGGAGGCGCAAGCCCGGAACGCCACCCUCACCACGGACCAGGUUGAGUAUGAUCGGUUGGUCGUUCAAGCUGAUACGCUGGCCCUCAACCUCUUCCCGGAGUCUCAGCCGCACGCGUUCAAGAAGGUAGCAGAGCGCAGGGCCGAGCAAUCUCUGAGCAACCCGGAUGCGCCCUGGGACGCCUACGACCAUCUUGUCGCAUUGGCCGCCCGGAUCUCCCACAUGAGGUGUGUGGACCAGAAUCUGGUCGAUCUGCCGGAUUUGGCCAUACAACUCUUCAAGGUCCUGUGGCCCGGGGAAGUGCCACCGAUAGACCUGACGCUCCUCUCCAACCGUCUUAAAGACGUCGGCAAGAGGUUCAGCGACUGGCGGCGCUCAUCUGCCCGUGCCGGAGCUGACGCAGCGCUUCGCGUUGCCUGCUCUUGGUACGAGGAUCUGGACCUCGACGCCCUCCACAGCUUGCGCGGCAGUGCGCCUACCGACACCGAUCCCGCCAAGACUACGAAGCGCAAGGACCGUGCGUACCGGAUCGCCCAGUCCGCUGCUACCAGCACCUUCAUCCCUCCUCCUGCUGACUUAGCAGAUGAACUAUCUGGUGAUGAGGAGGAGGAGGAUGCCGGCAAGGACGAGGAGGAGGCCCCAGUAGAGGGCGUCGUCCCAGACCAAGCCCCGGAAGCUCCCGCUUCCUGAAGUAUCUCGCUCUGUCUACUUACCACACCUGUUGCUUUAAAACAAUAUUCAUUAAAUUCUCCCCCGGUGUGCUGGGGUGUUUGAUGUAAAACAAUAUCUGUUAUGUCCUUUUGGUUUUGGUACACCUUAUUAUGCCGGUAUCUUAUAUGAUAUGCCGGUAACUUAUUAAGUUAU